AUGCCUUCCAGAUCAGAUAUCACGUAUUUCGGGGCUGGCCCCGCUGGACUUCCCACAUCUGUGCUUGAGAAGGCCGCGGAGGCUCUGGUCAACUUUGGAUCCCAGGGCCUGGGACUGGCUGAGAUCAGCCAUCGCUCCGCACUCGCCACCAGCAUCAUCAACGAGGCCAAGGCGGAUCUGGCCUCUUUUAACUUUGUCGGCUCCUGGGUUGCCCGCAAGCACAAGGAGAUCGUCGGCGACAGCAACGACCCCAAACUGAUCCAGCAACUAAAGGAGACUGUUGACAAGGAUCUCAAGCUCGAUUACAUUAUUACCGGUGGGUGGUCGCAAAAGGCAUCGGCCGAGGCCCAGCGCCUCUUUGGCGAGGACCACGUCAACAUCGUGGCCGACAGCCGCAGAUCCAACGACGGCAGAUAUGGGACUAUCCCAGACGAGAGCACCUGGAAGUUAUCAAACGAAGCAGCUCUGGUUUAUUUCUGUUCAAACGAGACGGUCCAUGGCGUCGAGUUCCAUGAGUUCCCCAAGUCUCUCGCGCCAGGCCCGGACGGAAAGGGCCCGAUUGUCGUAGCCGACAUGAGCUCUGACAUCCUCUCCAAGAAGAUCCCUGUCAAGAACUUCUCGGCCAUCUUCUUUGGUGCCCAGAAGAACCUUGGAACGGCCGGAAUCACCGUCGUGGUCAUCAGGAAGAGCCUGCUGUCACCCGCCCUGCCUCAGCCCUCCGCAGCUCUGAUGCGACAGCUGGGUUUGCCCAUCCCGCCCAUUAUCCUUGAGUAUGACACCAUUGCGAAGAACAACAGCCUUUACAACACACUUAGCAUAUUUGAUGUAUACAUCGCCGGCCAGGUGCUGAAGAAAUUACUGCAAACAUACCCUAACAAAGUUGAGGGACAGCAAGCCGUGUCCCAGAAGAAGGCCGACCUCAUCUACGGAGCCCUGGAUGCAUAUCCUGAUGUCUACAAGGUCUUCCCCGAGAAGACGGUGCGAUCACGCAUGAACAUCUGCUUCAGAGUCACCAAGGGCGGCGACACCGAUGCCGCCGAGAAGGCUUUCCUGGACCAGAGCACCGCUCUUGGACUCACCGGCCUCAAGGGACACAGGAGCGUCGGGGGAGUAAGAGCCUCCUCGUACAACUCCAUCUCUCUCGAGGGGGCGGAGAAACUUGUCAAGUUCAUCAACGAUUUCGCAACAUCCUAA